AUGUUCCCUAUCACUUUCAACGCCAUCGGCGACAUUCUCGCCCUCGCUCAGAUCGUAUACGACAUCGUGCAAGCGCUGAACGACUCCGUGCACGGCGCUGCAGCUGAGUGCCAGCGCUUCGCACACGAACUGAAGCUUCUAGGCGCCGUUAUCGUGAUUGCCCACCGUGCUGCCAACACUUCUCCAGAUGAUGUUCUCAAGGAGGCCCUACUGACGGAGGUGCGCCUCUGUUACGCUGAGAUUGUCGAAGCAGGCAAACUUCUGCCUGGGUUUGAUACUCUCUUGCGGACCAGCACCGGUGCCACCGUCUGGGAUCGAGCGCGAGCCGUGGCAAAGAAAUUGAAAUGGCACUUCAUGAAAGCCUCCGAUGCCGCAACCUUUACGGAUCGAUUUCAUGCUGUUCAUCUGCGACUGAACGUUCUCGUCGGCUCUCUGAACCAGGGAGUCGUCACGGAUGGGUUCGCUCAUCUCUCUCUGAAGUUUGAGGAGACAUCGGAUGUUUCCAGGAGGCAUCAUCUACUCACGCAUCGGGAGAUCGCGCAAUCUACCUCACGCCUGUCUGAAGAAUUACGAGCUUCCUACACGUCACUUCUAGACGCCAUUCGGGAGUCGCAAACCUCCGCGCGUAGUGGUGAAACCAUGUGCCCAACUGAUAUUGAUCGCGCAGCAAGUAGCGCGCUUCGACCUGGGAGUGACUCUCAAAACCGUGGGAGGACAAUCCUGCAGGUUCCUGAGAAUGAGAGGAUGGAUUACGCCUUGCACUGGCAGCUUCUCCCGAAACACCAGGCCAAAUUUACGUCUAAAAAGCCGCGUAUGCACUUCGACAUCCGAUUUCCCGCGGAAUACGCGAGUCACGUUCCUGACGGGAAGGGUCAUACCCCCAUCUCUCGAAUAUAUUUCGAGAAGCCUGCCACCAUGAAGAACCUGUCGUGCAUGACCUUCACCAAUUGCAAUCUGCCCAUGUUUGACAUCGAAGUGCAUCGACAUGAAGGCGUACGGGUGUGCGACGUCUUAGAACGCGUUUACGAGCACUAUCAAUUGGUGCUCACGCGUGCCGAGAAAAGAGCUCAUCCCGAGCGAGUAGAGCGCGCACAAUGGUACUACGAGGACCGCGUUCGCACGGAGCUCCGGUUGGAUCCGGCGUAUGUCGAUCCAGGCAUGCGUCGCAUUGACUUGAUGGAAGGGAAUGUCGUCUUCAUGGGUUGCCAGUGGCGCCACCCUUGCGGCGAAUAUUCAAAGGGCGCGUGGACCUUGAUGUUCUUACCACCACCAAGGCCAGCGACCUCCGAUGCCCCCGCUUACGCGGCGGCUCAUCUAGGAAUGGCUAUUAUGAGUAACCUUGCAACCUUUCUUAUACCACGACGCAGGUCAACUUGA